GCAGCCGCGGCGCGGCCGACCGCGGGUGGCCGGGGGGUGGCCGCCGCUGCCCAGGGAGGCGCGCGGAGGCGCGGACAGCGCUCCCCGGCGGGUCCCCGGCGCACUUGCCGCGCCCGGGCAGCGGCCCGACCGGGCGAGCAUGGGCGGUGCGGAGUGACGCCGCCGUGCCCGCUUGGCAUCAAGGACAUUCAGCCCGCGGGGGUGGGGACGAAGGGGGGCGGCCCCGCGUCGCCACCGCAGCCCCCGAGAGCCGCCACCGCUGCUGCUCGGGCUUCGGGGCUCGGGAUCUCGGGGAAAAGGGGUGCUUGGAAGCUAGCCGCAUUUCCCGACCUUUCUGUUGGACAUUCCGCCCACCCUGGACGCCGCCAGAGAAGCUGUCAAGUCCCGCAGGCUCUGAUUUCGCCCUCCGCUUCCCUGGCCUCCCCCCUGGGUUCCCCGCGCCUCGGUGGAGUAUUCGCGUUGGUUCGGGGCUGGGCUGGAGGAGGCAGCCACACGCGCGCACACGCACACGUUCAGAGGAGGGCGAGAGGCAGCGGCCCCAGCACCAUCUGCAGUGUCAAUGCGGCGCUCCCGCUGAAGCAGGCAAAGCGGCGCUUGCAGGUGGAUUCUUAACCACAGGAUCCCCAGGGAUGUCAGAUGACCUUUACUGCUUUUACCUGUGCAUCUUGGAUAUCUGCCCUCCGCUCUAAAGUGGGAGUGUCAGAGGGAGCCUGCACUCCUCACGUGACACUGCUGUGCCCAGUGCCCCGUGCCCCGAGGACGCGUCUCUGAAAUGAAAGCCAUGCCUUGGAACUGGACUUGCCUGCUCUCCCAUCUCCUGAUGGUGGGGAUGGGCUCCUCCACUCUGCUCCCCCGGCAGUCGCCUCCACCGUCCCAGAAGCGGUCUUUCGUCACCUUCCGCGGGGAGCCCGCCGAGAGCUUCAACCACCUGGUGGUGGAUGAGAGGACAGGGCACAUUUACGUGGGGGCCGUCAACCGGAUCUACAAGCUCUCCAGUGACCUGAAGGUCCUGGUGACCCACCAGACGGGGCCGGACGAGGACAACCCCAAGUGCUACCCGCCCCGCAUUGUCCAGACAUGCAACGAACCCCUGACCCCCACCAACAAUGUCAACAAGAUGCUGCUGAUAGACUACAAGGAGAACAGACUAAUCGCCUGCGGGAGCCUGUACCAGGGCAUCUGCAAGUUGCUGAGGCUGGAGGACCUCUUCAAGCUGGGGGAGCCUUUCCACAAGAAGGAACACUACCUGUCAGGAGUCAACGAGAGUGGCUCUGUCUUUGGGGUGAUCGUCUCCUACAACAACCUGGACGACAAGCUCUUCAUUGCCACCGCUGUGGAUGGGAAGCCGGAGUAUUUCCCCACCAUCUCUAGCAGGAAACUGACCAAGAACUCGGAGGCAGACGGCAUGUUCGCAUAUGUCUUCCACGACGAGUUUGUGGCCUCGAUGAUCAAGAUCCCUUCGGACACUUUCACCGUCAUCCCCGACUUUGAUAUCUACUAUGUCUACGGCUUCAGCAGCGGCAACUUUGUCUAUUUUUUGACGCUCCAGCCUGAGAUGGUGUCUCCCCCGGGCUCUACCACAAAGGAGCAGGUUUAUACGUCCAAGCUUGUGAGGCUUUGCAAGGAGGACACAGCCUUCAACUCCUACGUGGAGGUGCCCAUUGGCUGUGAGCGCAGCGGGGUGGAGUACCGCCUGCUGCAGGCCGCCUACCUGUCCAAAGCCGGGGCUGUGCUCGCCCGGACCCUUGGGGUCCGCUCGGAGGACGACCUUCUCUUCACCGUCUUCUCCAAAGGCCAGAAACGGAAGAUGAAAUCCCUGGACGAGUCGGCCUUAUGCAUUUUCAUCCUAAAGCAAAUCAACGACCGCAUUAAGGAGCGGCUGCAGUCCUGCUACCGGGGCGAGGGCACGCUGGACCUGGCCUGGCUCAAGGUGAAGGACAUUCCCUGCAGCAGCGCGCUCUUAACCAUUGAUGACAACUUCUGUGGCCUGGAUAUGAACGCCCCCCUGGGCGUAUCAGAGAUGGUGCGUGGCAUCCCCGUCUUCACAGAGGACAGGGACCGCAUGACUUCUGUCAUCGCUUACGUCUACAAGAAUCACUCUCUGGCCUUCGUGGGCACCAAAAGUGGCAAGCUGAAGAAGAUCCGGGUAGACGGGCCCAGGGGCAACGCCCUGCAGUAUGAGACGGUGCAGGUGGUGGAGCCCGGCCCCGUGCUCCGGGACAUGGCCUUCUCCAAGGACCGUGAGCAGCUCUACAUCAUGUCGGAAAGGCAGCUCACCAGAGUCCCUGUGGAGUCCUGUGGUCAGUAUCAGAGCUGCAGCGAGUGCCUUGGCUCGGGCGACCCCCACUGUGGCUGGUGUGUGCUCCACAACACGUGCACCCGGAAGGAGCGCUGUGAGCGGUCCAGAGAGCCCCGAAGGUUCGCCUCCGAGGUGAAGCAGUGCGUCCGGCUGACCGUCCACCCCAGCAACAUCUCCGUUUCUCAGUACAACGUCCUGCUGGUCCUGGAGACAUACAACGUCCCGGAGCUGACAGCUGGCGUCAACUGCACCUUUGAGGACCUCUCAGAGAUGGAUGGGCUGGUGAUAGGCAAUCAGAUCCAGUGUUACUCCCCGGCAGCCAAGGAGGUGCCCCGGAUCAUCACGGAGAACGGGGACCACCACGUUGUCCAGCUGCAGCUCAAGUCGAAGGAGACAGGCAUGACCUUCGCCAGCACCAGCUUUGUCUUCUACAACUGCAGUGUCCACAAUUCGUGCCUGUCCUGCGUGGAGAGCCCAUACCGCUGCCACUGGUGUAAAUACCGCCACGUCUGCACCCACGACCCCAAGUCUUGCUCCUUCCAGGAAGGCCGGGUGAAGCUGCCUGAGGACUGCCCCCAGCUGCUGCGUGUGGACAAGAUCCUGGUGCCUGUGGAGGUGAUCAAGCCUAUCACCCUCAAGGCCAAGAACCUCCCGCAGCCACAGUCGGGGCAGCGUGGCUACGAGUGCGUCCUCAACAUCCAGGGCAGCGAGCAGAGGGUGCCCGCCCUGCGCUUCAACAGCUCCAGCGUGCAGUGCCAGAACACCUCCUAUUCCUACGAAGGGAUGGAGAUCAACAACCUGCCGGUGGAGCUGACAGUUGUGUGGAACGGGCACUUCAACAUUGACAACCCGGCUCAGAAUAAAGUUCACCUCUAUAAGUGUGGGGCCAUGCGUGAGAGCUGUGGGCUGUGCCUCAAGGCGGACCCAGACUUCGAAUGCGGCUGGUGCCAGAGCCAAGGGCAGUGCACCCUCCGGCAGCACUGCCCUGUUCACGAGAGCCAGUGGCUGGAGCUGUCGAGCACCAACAGCAAGUGCACGAACCCCCGCAUCACAGAGAUAAUCCCAGUGACAGGCCCCCGGGAAGGGGGCACCAAGGUCACCAUCCGAGGGGAGAACCUGGGCCUGGAAUUCCGGGACAUCGCCUCCCACGUCAAGGUGGCGGGCGUGGAGUGUAGCCCUUUGGUGGAUGGCUACAUCCCUGCCGAACAGAUCGUGUGUGAGAUGGGGGAGGCCAAGCCCAGCCAGCACGCCGGCUUCGUGGAGAUCUGUGUGGCCGUGUGUCGGCCUGAGUUCAUGGCCAGGUCCUCGCAGCUCUAUUACUUCAUGACGCUGACUCUCUCAGACCUGAAGCCUAGCCGGGGGCCCAGGUCCGGAGGCACACAGGUGACCAUCACGGGCACCAACCUGAAUGCAGGCAGCAACGUGGUAGUGAUGUUCGGCAAGCAGCCCUGCCUCUUCCACAGGCGCUCUCCGUCCUACAUCGUCUGCAACACAACGUCCUCAGACGAGGUGCUGGAAAUGAAGGUGACGGUGCAGGUGGACAGGGCCAAGAUCCACCAGGACCUGUUCUUCCAGUACGUGGAGGAUCCCACCAUCGUUCGGAUCGAGCCCGAGUGGAGCAUCGUCAGUGGGAACACACCCAUCGCCGUGUGGGGGACUCACCUGGACCUCAUACAGAACCCCCAGAUCCGGGCCAAGCAUGGAGGGAAGGAGCACAUCAAUCUCUGCGAGGUUCUGAACGCCACUGAGAUGACCUGCCAGGCUCCAGCCCUCGCUCUGGGACCCGACCACCAGUCCGAUCUGACAGAGAGGCCCGAGGAGUUUGGCUUCAUCCUAGACAAUGUCCAGUCCCUGCUAAUCCUCAACAUGACCAACUUCACCUACUACCCCAACCCUGUGUUUGAGGCCUUCAGCCCCUCGGGAAUCCUGGAGCUCAAGCCUGGCACACCCAUCAUCCUGAAGGGCAAGAAUCUGAUCCCACCUGUUGCUGGGGGCAAUGUGAAGCUGAACUACACCGUGCUGGUUGGGGAGAAGCCCUGCACCGUCACGGUGUCGGACGUGCAGCUGCUCUGCGAGUCCCCCAACCUCAUCGGCAGGCACAAAGUGAUGGCCCGAGUCGGUGGCAUGGAGUACUCCCCAGGGAUGGUGUACAUAGCCCCAGACAGCCCGCUCAGCCUGCCCGCCAUCGUCAGCAUCGCCGUGGCCGGCGGCCUCCUUAUUAUCUUCAUUGUGGCCGUGCUCAUCGCCUAUAAGCGCAAGUCCCGCGAGAGUGACCUGACUCUAAAGCGGCUGCAAAUGCAGAUGGACAACCUGGAGUCCCGCGUGGCCCUGGAGUGCAAGGAAGCCUUUGCCGAGCUGCAGACGGACAUCCACGAGUUGACCAGUGACCUUGAUGGAGCCGGGAUUCCCUUCCUGGACUACAGAACCUACACCAUGCGGGUGCUGUUCCCGGGAAUCGAAGACCACCCUGUCCUCCGGGACCUCGAGGUCCCGGGCUACCGGCAGGAGCGUGUGGAGAAAGGCCUGAAGCUCUUUGCUCAGCUCAUCAACAACAAGGUGUUCCUGCUGUCCUUCAUCCGCACGCUGGAGUCUCAGCGCAGCUUUUCCAUGCGCGAUCGCGGCAAUGUGGCCUCGCUCAUCAUGACGGUGCUGCAGAGCAAACUGGAGUACGCCACCGACGUGCUGAAGCAGCUGCUGGCUGACCUCAUCGACAAGAACCUGGAGAGCAAGAACCACCCCAAGCUGCUGCUCAGGAGGACUGAAUCAGUGGCUGAGAAGAUGUUGACCAACUGGUUCACUUUUCUGCUCUACAAGUUCCUCAAGGAGUGCGCUGGGGAGCCCCUCUUCUCGCUGUUCUGCGCUAUCAAGCAGCAGAUGGAGAAGGGGCCCAUCGAUGCCAUCACGGGUGAGGCCCGCUACUCUCUGAGUGAGGACAAGCUCAUCCGCCAGCAGAUCGACUACAAGACCCUGGUCCUGAGCUGUGUCAACCCCGACAACGCCAACAGUCCCGAGGUCCCAGUGAAGAUCCUCAACUGCGACACCAUUACUCAGGUCAAGGAGAAGAUUCUGGAUGCCAUCUUCAAGAACGUGCCCUGCUCCCACCGGCCCAAAGCUGCAGACAUGGACCUAGAGUGGCGACAAGGAAGCGGGGCGAGGAUGAUCCUGCAGGAUGAAGACAUCACCACUAAGAUUGAGAAUGACUGGAAGAGACUCAACACCCUGGCACAUUACCAGGUGCCAGAUGGUUCUGUGGUGGCCUUAGUGUCCAAGCAAGUGACAGCCUACAAUGCAGUGAACAACUCCACUGUCUCCAGGACCUCAGCGAGUAAAUACGAAAACAUGAUCCGGUACACGGGCAGCCCCGACAGCCUCCGUUCGCGCACACCAAUGAUCACCCCUGACCUGGAGAGCGGAGUCAAGAUGUGGCACCUGGUGAAGAACCAUGAGCACGGGGACCAGAAGGAGGGGGACCGGGGGAGCAAGAUGGUGUCUGAAAUCUAUCUGACACGACUGCUGGCCACUAAGGGCACGCUGCAGAAGUUCGUGGACGACCUGUUCGAGACCAUCUUCAGCACGGCGCACCGUGGUUCGGCCCUGCCCCUGGCCAUCAAGUACAUGUUCGACUUUCUGGACGAGCAGGCGGACAAGCACGGCAUCCACGACCCGCACGUCCGCCACACCUGGAAGAGCAAUUGCCUGCCCCUGCGGUUUUGGGUCAACAUGAUCAAGAACCCCCAAUUCGUGUUUGACAUCCACAAGAACAGCAUCACCGACGCCUGCCUCUCCGUGGUGGCCCAGACCUUCAUGGACUCGUGCUCCACAUCAGAGCACCGGCUGGGCAAGGACUCCCCCUCCAACAAGCUGCUCUAUGCCAAGGACAUCCCCAGCUACAAGAACUGGGUGGAGAGGUAUUACUCAGACAUCGGGAAGAUGCCCGCCAUCAGCGACCAGGACAUGAACGCGUACCUAGCUGAGCAGUCCCGGAUGCACAUGAACGAGUUCAACACCAUGAGCGCCCUCUCCGAGAUCUUCUCCUACGUGGGCAAGUACAGUGAGGAGAUCCUCGGACCCCUGGACCAUGAUGACCAGUGUGGGAAGCAGAAACUGGCCUACAAACUAGAACAAGUCAUAACCCUCAUGAGCUUAGACAGCUGAGAACCGUCCUUCCAGCUCGCCCGCUCCCCCCUCCCCCACCGGAGGGAGGGACACACCAAGCCGUGCCUCAGUCUAGAUUAUCAUCUUUACCAAGUGCAAGUUCCGACUGGCAUCAGCAGCAUCCCCUAAGCAGCGCUGUCUCCCUCUCUCUUUCUCUCUCUGCCUGUUUCUGUCUCUCCCGCCUUCCUGGAUCCCCUCUCUUUCAGUUCCUCUGCCAACACGACUGAACCAAGCCGCCGACCCUCAAGUUAGUCCAGGAUGGCCUGUCCCCACCCCGCCAAGGGGCCUGACCUGAAGACAGCAGAGGGGCCCUCUUUCCCAGCUGACCCUGAGCAGCAGCAGCAGGGCCCAGAUACGAAUGAGGAGUCAUGGAUGGGGGUGCUUCUGUGCUGUUACCCCACUUUCUGUCUUUCCAUAGUCCCCACAUGGGUCUGAACUUGGCCUGGAGAAGAGGCAGUGAGCUCAGUGUUAUCUUCACUGGGAAGGUGUCACCUGAUUCAGAUGUCUAUCUCCACGGGGUCCCCCUGCAACUCUGGGAAGAAAGGUGGCACCUCCUGCAUGUGGCUGGAGUGGAGAGCAUGAGGGGUUGAGGGGCACCUUGCAAGCUGCCUCUCACAUGUGGGAUUGGCAGCAGAGGCUCCCUUGUCCCCUUCAGAUCUUUUCGGAGUCCUUCUAAGUGCCCAUAGGUGCCCUGCCUGCCCGGUCCUGGCCUGUGGAAAACCAGACAGGAGAAAUAGCAGUUACAGCCCACCAUGGAGAUCCUCCUGAUGUGGCUCAUAGUGGCAGAAAUGUAACAUGCAGGAGAGAAAAGAAGAGAGUUGCAUCUAUCUGGAAGCAGAACUGGUUGUUUUCCAUUCACCCCCACAUGCUAACGAAUCACGGCCAUAGUCAGAGGUCUGAUCCCUUGCAGACCCCGAAGCAUCGUCUAGAGAAUGCACUUCCAACCCUCCUUAGUCAUCACUCAUCAGGGGUCAGGGUCAAACACCAGUGCAUCCAGGAGCUUCUACCUCCAGUGGUCCCCGUGGCUCCAUCCCCACUGUCCUUCCUGAGAAGUCUAGAGAAGGUUGGGGCCGACAGCCUUGUUCCUGACUCCCUGCAGAGUCUGGUGCCAUUGCUAUGCAGAUGACUUUGUGAUGGACUGUUCAGACCUCCUUGGGAAUUAUUUCAUCAACAUCUCAGCUGUCUCUUCAGUCACUCUCCUCCCUCCUCCCUUCUGCAGUCAUCCCGGGAAGAAACACUUGCAAGCACAGCCUCUCAGAGACAAACCAAAAUGCCAGCCAAACUCAACCCUAGGUUUGUCAUGUCUGGGGAGGACCGAAGAAUCAAGAGGAAGGACCUGCCCGGAAAUCGGAGGAGGGACAUACCACUGACCUUGGCCCUGGCAUUGUGUCUCUCCCUCUGUCCUUCCAUGCACGGAUACGUCGUCUUAGCCAGCCAGCCAGAUACGUGCUCAGACAUGCAUCCUAGGUGAGCAGGGGCUAUGGUGAGAGACAGUCUGAUGGAGGGCCGUGGAAACCUGUAACGUUGAAAGGACCUUAGACGCCAUCUCUCCAUCUGUGGUCCAGUCUCGGCCUUAGACUCUCCCCAGGCAACCCCGCUGUGAAGUUGUUCCCCACUCUGGGAGACAGGCAGAGGCAUCUGCAGGGUUGGGAAUGAGGUUCCUCCAGUCUUGUCUUCACUCCUCAAGCAUCAGACAUCUUCCACUGCCAUCCACUCCAAAGGGGCCCCUCAUGGAAAGAGGAAGGGACCAGACCAUUCCCAGCAACAUCUGUGGAACACCCUAUAUUUGAAGAAUGCUAGCCCCUUUGGAUAUGAGCACGUGUGUGUGUGUGUGAGAGAUUUCAUGUGCACAUGCACAUGUGUGUGUGUGUGUGUGUGUGUGUGUGUGUGUGUGUGUGUGUAUCUGUCUGCCCUGGGAGUAGGCGGAGAGCUCAGAAAGCUUUCUGGUCCUAUGCGGGGGGGGGAGGGGAGGGGAGGGUCUGAAGCAUUUCCCUUCUCUGCCCUUGCCCACCAUUCAUUCUGCAACUUCAGGACAUUUCCAUACUUGUUUUCUGUGCUGCGUGCUGGGGGGUGAAGUCACCUGUCUAUAGGAAAUCAGGGUGGUCACUGACCGAGAGAAGCCUGGACGUGACUGGAGGCCAGGCGGUAGUGACACAGAGCAGGGCGUGCUGUGGCAUCGAGCGGGACAAGUGAUGGGCAAAAUGCAAGUAGCCUAAUCAACGGGAAGAGCAGAGUGAGAAGCGAUGCAUUUUGAGUGGGAAAAACAUAACCAAAGGUCUCGGCAAAUGAAGUGCCAGGUGAAGAAGCGUGGAAUUUCUCCCCUUGAUCAUUUGAUUUCCUCCCCUGAAGCUAUGAGGCCUGGCAGGCCAGGAAGGAAGCAUGUGGGAGGCAGGCUGAGGAGGCCCCUGGGCCGCUAACAUAUAUUUGCACAUGUGAAGGGUUGGGGAGAAGAAAGACACAAACAUAUUUAACACAGGUGUGCUGAAUGGAAGCUGUGCGUGUGUGCGCAUGAGUGAGUGUGUUUUGAUUUAUUUUUUAAGUUUUGCACAGUUAGAGAAAAAAAAAUGAACAAGCAGAGAAAAAGACUGUUACCAUGGUUCUGCUGAAGCUUUUUUUUUAAACUGGAUUAUUAUUAUUGUUAUUGUUUUGUUGUCGGUACAAAACUUUUUCUCCCUAUGUUUUUCAUUAUAAGAGAAACCUCAAACCCAUCAAAGAAAUGUCGGGAAGAAAAAGGGGAGGAGGAUGGGCACGUUUCCCUGGUUUCCUCGUGUCUCCUGGGGGAGUUUGGGGCAGGUUUUCUUUAAUUGGUGGGGUGGUUGUUUCUGGUGCUUUGUUUGCCCGAAGUCUCUGCAGCCUGUUGGGGAUGGAGAAGUAGGACAGAGUCAUGCAGAGCGCAACCCAUCUUGCCCAUAAGAGCUCUCUUUCCGUUCGCUGUUUGUUUUCCAUUUCUUUUGUUUGGAUUCUUGGUACACGUGUGAUACAUUUCAAAGUAAAAACAAGGCAGCGUGAUCAAAAAAAAAAAAAAGCCUUUCUUUCCCCCAGAUCUUCUUUCCGAACCUCCCCUGGAAUCCCCAACCUCCUCCUGGCAGGCUGGAGACCCCGUGCUGGCCAGCAUGCACAAGAGAAGGGACUUGGGCAGACUGGGUCCUGCAGGAGGGAGGUCUCUUCAGGGUCCCCCCUCCGUGUCACAGUUUAUGUGCUGGGUCACAGUUCUGUUCACAGUGGGACCUUUAUCUGACUCCUAGAGUCCUGGACAGAGAGCACAGGAGGAAAGGCCGUGUCUCCUCACCUUCCUUUCAUCCCGUCUCUUUCACUCCUUCAACCCUUGGAACCACCAGGGUCUAAAAUGGUACCAGGAGAUCACACAGUCACACAUAACCGACUUGGAUUAGGUGAGGAGUUUGAAUGUUGGACCAAAAUGGGAUGGUAAGAGGCAGGGAGAAAUGCUGUGAGGUCCUGAAUUUAAGAAUGAGCAGAGAGAGGCUGGGACAGUUUGCUGUAGGCUGGUCGUCUCUCCCAAGGGCACAAGUCUCCCCAGGUAUGGGCAUAUUUACCAUCCCUUGUCCUUUCCUGGAAGGAGAGACCCUGACAUGUCCUGGUCACCACAAAUAGCAACACUGCCUGAAGCUGGCUUUUGUGGCUGUUAACUUCCUCUUGCCUUCUUUCAGUGUAAUUUGGAAUUCAGGGUCUUGGGAAAACCUGGAUAUCCCAUUGACCGAGAAUACCAUGCACACCCAGAGCCAGCCUAGAGCCUCUCUCUCUUGAGCCCAUGGGUGAGUGAGUGAAGCCAGAGAUGCUGGAAAGAGACAAGUCAGUUUAAACAUUAGAGGCAGACUGGCCAGGACUGGUCCCAGGCAGCAGUGGGAGUAAGGUCUCCAGCUCUCACCUCCCAACCCUGGGGUCAGUGUUGAUGCAUUAUCCCAACACUGCCCCCUCCCCUUUCCCUCAUGAUAGGUCCUCGACCUCUGAUCCCCUUUGCAUGUCUGGCUCCUGAGUGUGCCCCUUCCCCAGCAGAGUGCCCCCAACCCCCGCACGUGAGGCUCUGCCCCAAGGCCAUGUAUCCACUAAGUUCGGGAGCUGUUCAGCCUCAGGUGGACAGCUCCGCCCUCAGUCCAGCCUCCUGGGACCACCCCAGCCCUGUCCUGCCUUCCAAAGUUGCCCCCACUGAGCCCUCGAGGCUCCCUGAUACAGCUGGGGCCUGGUGGGUCUCCCAUCAGAGAAGCCACAGAAGUGGUUUCCCCAGUGACCUCUGUUCCACAGGGCAAGUCCUAUUGAUGCUUUCAGAGCCUCAACAAGGCCUCGUUUCCACCCUACAAAUGGGGAAGCUCUGUGUGCCAUCCGUCUCUUCUCUCAAGACUAAGGGACACUUCUCCUUGACCUCACAGAAUGCGAAGUCAAAUAUUUAGCCUAGUGAAGGUUAAGGUUAAUUAUUGUUAAUCAAGAAUAGACAUUCCCACCUCACAGAGACCUGUGGAGGGAGAGGGGCCUUGGGGAGGCACUCUGCAGACAGAAAGCAGACCCUGGACUAUAGUCCUUCCAGGAACAGCACCGCCCCCUCCCUUCCACAAUGAGAACCCUAGGGUGGACCUCUAAGAGGCACUUCCAUGGAUAGGUACCAGAGUCCCCAGGGUGCCCCCAGCACCAGCAGACUGACCCAGGCAGAUCCCACCUGCUUCCUGGACCUUCUGCUUGCUUCUAGCUCAUGUAGUCAUCAAGAACCUUCUUUCAGCUUCCCACUCUCCCUGUUGGCUCUCAGGACAGACCACUAAAGACCCCUUGUCUCUCAGCCCUUCCCUUUAUCUUUGAACCAUCGAUGGGUGGUUUGAGGUUUUGUAGUUUAUUUUUUGUUUGUGUAUGUUAAGAGUUUGAGUUUAAGGAAGGAGCCCAGGUGUGGAUGUAAAAUCCAAAUACUGGGGGUAGGGGGGACACAGAAUUCUUUGCCUGUGACUUCCAAGGGUCCGAGGAGAAACUGGGACUGGGGGACAGAGGAAAUCCCACUUGUUAAAGCAAUGGGUCAGGAUAUCCCUGGGCCGGGGCCAUGCCAGGGGAAGCAGCCAGGGGCUGCUGACAUUCUUGGUGCUUCCCUGCACUUUCGCUGGCUGGAGCACGCAGUGCUACCCUGCUCCUCCCCACUGUGCCGCCUCACCCCACAGGUGUAGCAAACGAGUCAUCCUACAGACAGGGAGACCGAGGGACAGCUGUAGGUGACGCCAUAGAGGCAGCUCCUGGGACAGGCUGACGCUCCGGGAGCCUCUUCCCGUCAUGGUGCUGGAAAACGGAACGACCCAGCCUCCCAUUCAGAAAGGAAUCUCUGCAGUAAAACUUCAUUCAGGAGAGACCUUUUUUUAAACUAUGAAUUUGUGUUCCCCAAUAAAAUCAUUCUUUAAUUAAGGGGAGUAUCCAAUUUUAUUGUAUAAGGUAAAGGAUGUUUUGGUUGUCAAAGUAAUACAUACUCAUUAAGGUCCAAUUAAAUCCUUUGAGUAGGCAGGUGACUACCCUAAAUCAAAACAAAACAGAAUCCCUAAUGAAUAAAAAGAGAUUUCUGUUUGUACUGGCAGAGACGGUGAGCUGGGUGGGGAUGGGGGAGGGCGAGUGACCUUGGUCGGGUGAGCCUCACCUUCCCUCCACUCUAUAUCCUCUUUCACUUCUCUCCAGGCUGCCCCUGGUGUUGUUGAACCCCAGGGCUUCCCCCAAACAGCAGGGAGACCCUAUUAGGGAUUGGUCAUGGAGGGAUCACGAAGACAGAUGCGCAUGGCAAAGAGGUCUGUGCAUCUCGUCUUCCACCAGUUUCUUUAUCUGGAAUCAGAACUUCUUUUGUUGGUAUCUUUGAUCUUAUAAGUCAAGCACAUUUUAGAAGGGCUCCCUUAUAAGAGUAGAAUUCCAAACAGAGGAUACGAUUAAAGAGCAGUGCAAAGGACACUUAAGAAACUGAGACACCACUUUACCAAACAGGACUGUUGAACACAGUUCAGGCAGAUGACCAAGAAGGUAUGCAUGUCCCUGUGUGUUCUCCUUCCCUGUCCCUCCCCAGUGUUCCCGUCAGCUUGUUGGCUCGUUAAACCUUCCGUUCUUUAAAGAGAAAAGCUAGCUUACCUCAAAGAAUCUUGUUUCCAUUUGGAAACCAUGACUUUGUGUUUUAGGGUGAAUGACCCUCUGCACCCCCAUCACUCUCUCAAGGCUUGGCAUCCUUGAGGCCGGAGGUCCUGGUUUAGUCAUGUGUUGGCUGCACUGACCAAGAACAAGAACCCCAGGCCCCAAGAUGGGAAGGAAGGGUUGGAGGCAGCCGCCCUCCUCCCCACUUUAGCUAGUAGAGACCAGCCUAUGUCUUUCAGCAGGGUCCUGCCAAGUUACCAUAGCAACCAGCAACUCCAGGGUACUACAACAGAUAAGGGCUCAAUGAGCCAAGGGGUGGGGGAAGAGGAGUCUGGCCUGGUCAGAUGACCCAGAGUUAAGUCUCAAACACUAGAGAGAGGAGGAGGAGCAGGAAAGGAUGAAUGGGUGAUUUAAGGGACAGGCAGGGGCCUUUGAGUCUCAGAGACAGGUGGCUGAAA